AUGCCUGAAUUACGUCGUUCUGCCAGGGUAUCCAAGUCCGCUGCCCCAGUUCUUGAUGUAGAACCUCCUAAGAAAAGAGCCAAGAAGACUAGCACUGCUUCUGAACCAGCUUCUGUGCCUGCUGAUUCGAAUGAGAUCCAGGUUGGAGACAAGAUUCCCGACUUGACUCUUUUAGAUGAGGACGAAAAUGAAAUCAACUUGAAGGAAGCAGCCUCAAAGACCAAGUUCUUGAUCAUUUUCGCCUACCCCAAGGCUUCUACUCCUGGCUGUACCAGACAAGUGUGUGGCUUCCAGAAAAACUUUGAAUUCUUGCAAAAGUCAGACGUCACUGUCUUUGGUUUGAGCGCCGACCAGCCAAAAUCGCAAAAGAAUUUUGUUACCAAGCAGCACUUGAAGUAUCCAUUGUUGUCAGAUCCGUCUAAGAAACUCAUUGGUGUCUUGGGUGCUAAGAAGUCUCCUCUGGGGAUAAAGAGAUCGCACUGGAUCUUUGUUGAUGGAAUCUUAAAGGUGAAGAAGAUCCAGAUUUCACCAGAAAACAGUUUCAAUGGAGCCAAGCUUGAUAUU